AACUUAGAAAUUGCAAAGAGAAAACUGAAAUUAAUUUCAGAUCCAGUUGCUGUAUGCCAGUAUUAGUAAGCUUCGGAUUCAAGAACUAAUGUCCAUGGCAGCAAUGGCUAUAGCUCCACGGCCGUUGACCAAAGUCAAAUCGACAAAAGAUCAGAAGAUUCGAGGAGCAUGAUUCGUUGAUGGUAUUUGUUAGUUAAAAUAGUUUUAGGGUUACGAAAUGGCGACAAGGGUUUUUCCUAUAAAAGGAGCCACCACCGAUUACUGUCGAAUCCGAAUAACAAAAAUGGCGAUUUCAUCAACCUCGAUCCCCAAAUUCGCACUUUCCAACUCUCUUAGAUUAACAAGUCUCAAACCUAAACUCCCUUCAUCUCUCAUCUUCAAAUCCCAGACACCAAAACCCCUUACCCUAAAACCCAACCGAAGAAACCAGAUAACAUCCCUCUUCACCGGAAUUGUGGAAGAAAUGGGAAAAGUCAGGGAACUAGGUUUCGACGAAUCCGGCGAAUCAUUCGACAUGGUGAUCCAUUCGCCGACCGUCCUCGAAGACGUCAACCUCGGCGACAGCAUAGCGGUAAACGGCACUUGUUUAACAGUCACGGAAUUCGACUCGGAGCGAUUGGAAUUCAAAGUCGGGUUGGCUCCUGAAACAUUGAGGAAAACCUCGUUGAUCGAAUUGGAAAAGGGUUCGGUUGUUAAUCUGGAGAGAGCUGUGAAACCAUCGACACGAAUGGGUGGGCAUUUUGUGCAGGGACAUGUGGAUGGAACAGGGGAGAUUGUUUCAAUGGAUGUGGAAGGCGAUUCGUUGUGGAUUAAGGUGAAGACGUCGCCGGAGAUUUUGAAAUUUAUCGUGGCGAAGGGGUUCAUUGCGGUGGAUGGAACUAGUUUGACGGUGGUGGAUGUGUUUGAUGAAGAGGAGUGUUUCAAUUUCAUGUUGGUGGAGUAUACACAGCAGAAAGUUGUGAUUCCAUUGAAGAAAAUUGGGCAGAAGGUGAAUCUUGAAGUGGAUAUAUUGGGGAAAUAUGUAGAGAGGCUUCUUAGCAGUGGAUUUGUUGAGAGUAUAAAAUCAAGAUGAUCAGGUACUCCAUUUUUUUUUCCAGGUUGUAGUUUGAAUUUGAUCUUAUAGAAUGUUUGUUUUGUGUAACAAGUGUGUGAGUUUCAAAUAAAACUUGUAUUUCUCAAAUGGUAUCUAGAAAUUUUGUUCCCGUUGACUA